GCUCCUCAGCCUGGGCGUCUCUCCUGCCUGCCGCCUCUAUGGGGCAGCCGGUCUGGGCUGCCGAAUAAGAUCUCGUUCCGGAGCUCUCGCGAUCUCUUCCACGCCUCCAUCAUGGCGCAAGAUCAGGGUGAGAAGGAGAACCCCAUGCGUGAGCUGCGCAUCCGCAAACUCUGUCUCAACAUUUGUGUUGGGGAAAGUGGUGACAGACUCACCCGGGCAGCCAAAGUGCUGGAGCAGCUCACAGGCCAGACUCCUGUCUUCUCAAAGGCUCGAUAUACUGUCAGAUCCUUUGGAAUCAGGAGAAAUGAAAAGAUUGCCGUUCACUGCACGGUUCGUGGGGCCAAAGCAGAGGAGAUUCUGGAGAAAGGGUUGAAGGUGCGAGAAUAUGAGUUGAGGAAAAACAACUUUUCAGACACUGGGAACUUUGGCUUUGGAAUCCAGGAGCACAUUGAUCUGGGAAUUAAAUACGAUCCCAGCAUUGGCAUCUAUGGCCUGGACUUCUAUGUGGUUCUGGGCAGGCCGGGCUUCAGCAUUGCUGACAAGAAGCGCAAAACCGGCUCCAUUGGAGCCAAGCACAGAAUUGGGAAGGAGGAGGCCAUGCGUUGGUUCCAGCAGAAGUGAAAAGUGCUGACACACUGCUGAGCUGUGAUGUGAGCAUCUCGUUAGCAUGGGAUUUUGAAGAGAGCAGAAGCAUCUCUGAAGUGAAGGGUUUUCACUCCUUAGCUUUCCUCCUUUUGUGGUGGAAACCUGAAGCAUAAAGAUCGGUGCCUGGACUGCAAGAAAGCGCCUCCGAAGCAAAUCUGCUUAUAAAGCAUUUAAACAGGUGAUUGUUAAAGGAUAGUCCUAGGUGCAGGUUUCACUGCAGUCUGGUGAAUUCCAGAAGUGUUCUACUGGUCUCCGUUCCCUAAGAUGUUUUGCUGUAUCCACAAUCUGGGACCAAGAUCCCCAGGUAGACAACUACAGAUCUGACCGUGGGGAUUGAAAAUCUGCAGCAGUAGACACACUCAAAGGAAACAGCAAAUUAGAUGGGCUACAGUUGCCUCAGUCCCAAUACCCUGAUUCCCGUGGACUGCUGGUCCCACGUUCCAGGCUCUUACACUAUCAGAGGAGCAGCUUCUGUGACUGCUGCUAUGAAAGAAAUAUGUAGACAAUGCUGGUGAGGAGGUGCCUUGUGCAGUGAAUAGGAUCUGUCCUGCUAGCUAGUCUGUAUAUAGUAGAGGAAUGACGUUCACUUUUUUUUAAUUGUUUAAAACAAUUAUACAAAAUGGGGGUUUACGUUCAAUUUCUCGCUUGCAUUUCUGUGGUUGGGAUAGGCCCCAUGGCAUGUAGACUCUGUUCUACAUAUUGGGUGGCCGAAGCUGAAAGUUAUUUAACCCUGAUUUCUAGGCCCAAGGAUUCAUGUAAUAGUUGUGACCUGCAAAGGGGAAAACUGCUUUGUUUUUUUCCACUUGAGAAAUGUGCUGCCUUUUUACGUGAGCAGUGUUGGGUCUUCCCUGUCCUUGCUGAGGGCGUAGAACUGUUCUGCUUGAUGUCUCGAAUUGAGCAGGCAGGAUUUCUAGUCACUGUCUAAAUAUUGUGGGGUCUUUCUUAUUUAGCGUAACUCCUGGCCAACACUUGUGAGCAAAGCUUCAUAUGAGUUUCAACAUUCCAUUGAGGCGUGAACUCCCAGUGCUGUUUGAGCAAACUCAGGAAAUCUUUACGUGAUGAUUGUAAAGCAGCCUAAAGGCCUCUCGAGAGACAUCUGUUGUGCUGUCUUUAUCCACCAUAAAGAGGCAGAAAGGCUUCCAAAUCCAAUUCUGUCAUUGUGCAGGUCACCUUUAACUUACCCUACAACAGGGAUUCUCAAACUUCAUUGCACUGCAAACCCAUUCUGACAACAAAAAUUAUUACAUGAUCCCAGGAGGAGGGGACCGAAGCCUGAGCCCGCCCGGGGAGGCAAAGCCCAAGCCCCACUGUCCUGUGCAAGGGGUCUAAAACUGAAGCCCAAGAGCUUCAGCCCCAGGCAGAGUACCUGUAACCUGAGCCCCGCCACCCAGGGCUGAAGCCCUCGGGUUUCGACCCCAGGAAGUCUAAGCCAGCUCUGGGGUCCCCAUUAAAAUGGGGUCAUGACCCACAGUUUGAGAUCCGCUGCCCUACAACAUGAUGUCCUCUAACAGAUUCAUUCUCACUGAGCUGUGGGCAAACGACCACCUACCUGGUCUACAAACUAUUGGGCAAGUUUUGGGUGUCUCUUUGGACUGAAGCAUCUAGACCAUGGUAGAAGCAAGUUCAGCUAUUCAGUAGAGUUGUACUUUAAAGACUGCCUGUAAGCCGUGGGCGGACUCACAGGCCAGGACUGUCUAAAUGAAACCAACACUGGAAUUUACUUCCAUGUCCACUUUCUUACAACAGGUUUAUUAAUAAACAUGAUGAAAGGUUGAUAUAUUUGGUAAUGGAGACCUUUCCCACUUUCUGCAGCUGGAAUGGAGAAGAACAAACCUCCUUUCACCAUCAUGUAGGUCCCAUUAGCCCUUUUCUAGCUGCUCUGGAAAGACCCAGGCCUGAGCUUCCCUGACCUCUGGAAUAUCUGUCUGCUGCCCCUGUUAAGAGGCAUGUGGCCUUCUCUGGCUACCUGUAAGGCCGUGUGCUUGCUCAUUCCUGAGCAUGUGUCCUGUGACUACAGCUUCCAAUUACAAGAGCUGUAACAUGCACACUGGGAUGCUCACAUGUGCCCCAAGGCCCAGUGCCCUGUUACAAACCCAGUCAGAUUAAAUCUUUUUCUCCGUAGGGAGAGAGGACUUCCUCACUUAAUUAACACUUCAAAUAAUUGAAAUUGAAUCCCCCUUAUUACCAGAUCCCAAGCUUUUCACUUGGACAAAACCUCCUUCCAUUGAUAUGUAUAGUAAUUUUGUGGGAGUAAGCAUUUGCAGGGUCAGCCUUCUGCAAUGUUCCUGCCACUAAAGCUAAGAUGCAAAGAGUAAGUCAUUCAAAGAGACUAGUUUUCACUUGUUUAGAGGUUGUUUUACCUCCUGGUUUGUUCUGCUGUCAUGUCUGGCUUGCAAACAGAAUUCUAAGCAGUCCUUUUUUUUUUUUUUUUUAAAGCCUUUCAUUAGAAAUGCAUUCCUGGGAAUAUCUUUUUCUGCACUUAACUUUUGUAAAAAAAAAAAAAAAACAACUUCAUUUUCACAACCUACGUCUUUUGGGUCAAACUGAUCUGAUUGACAGAUCACUAUUAAAGGAACACUAAAAACCAGAAAAUAAGAUGGAAAGUCAGGUUCCUUGUUCACUUUGCAGACUGUAAAUUUGGAUGAUCGGAGUCUUACUGUAAGUCACAUCUGUGACCUGAUAUAGGCGGUGACCCUAGUCUCCUCUUCGGCACAACCACAGCUCUGACUGGCCCUGAUUUCUGACGCUCCCUUUUCUCUCUCUUGCAGUACGAUGGCAUCAUCCUUCCAGGCAAAUGAGCAGUUCCAGUUAC